AUGUCUUCUCAACAGGGCUCUCAGGUCAAUGUCGAUCGCUACGUCGUCAUCCACGUCGCUACGACAUGCGAUGAACAUGGAGUCUACGUGACCAAAGACUCUGCCGAAGUCAUUGAGCUAGGUUGGAUCCUUCUUGAUGCCAACUCUCUGGAAGAGAUUACUCACGAAAGCGUCCUCGUCAAACCCGUGAAUACUCCCAUCACACCUCUUUGCACGAGUCUAACGACGCUCACUUGGGAGCAUGUUCGAAACGCGGGUACCUUUAGAGACGCCAUCUCUCGAUUCGAUGCCUUUGCCACCGAGUACUUGACCUCCAAGAACCUCGAUUUUGUCUUUGUCACACUAGAUGCUUGGGACCUCCGUGUUCAGCUUCCGCGAGAGGCUCGCGAUAAGGCCGUUGUCCUCCCCCCGUACCUGCAGCACUCCCGCACAUUCGACCUUCGAACAGAGUACCAGCGAUGGCAGCAGCAUCAUCCAGAGUCCCUGCCUUUCGGUCCUUCGAUGCUAUCUAACAUAUGUGCUGCUCUCGAGGUGGAACCUGUUCAAUCGAGCGCCCCCAUCAAGCAUAACCUUCCCUUUCACUUGCAGGCCUUGGCACCUGCAUCUCCACGGCGUGCCAUGGAGGAGGCCAUCACCUUGGCCCGCGUUCUGAGGGGCUUGGUCCGAAAGUCGCAGCCGCCUCAGGAGCAUCCCGAUGUUUUGACUCGGCCCAUGGACGCAAGGUCUGACGUUCGAGCUUUCUUGUCUGAGAGAAGCAAGGUGCUGCACAUGUCUGGCUUGCCACAUGACACCACGCAGUCGGAGCUGGAGAGCUGGUUUACCCAGUUUGGCGGCCGUCCCAUCGCCUUUUGGACUCUUCGGACCCCAGAGCAACACAAACCCACCGGUACUGGCUUUGCCGUGUUUUCUUCGCAUGAAGAGGCUGCAGAGAGUCUUUGCAUGAAUGGACGUGCUCUCAACGAAAAGGCCAUCGAGGUCUCGCCAUCAUCCAGCCGAGUUUUGGACCGAGCUCAAGAUAUCCUUACUCCCUUCCCUCCAAGCAAAAACCGCCCCAGGCCAGGUGACUGGACCUGCCCCUCGUGCGGCUUCUCCAACUUUCAGCGCCGAACUGCUUGCUUCCGCUGCUCUUUCCCCGCCGCUGGAUCCGGACCAGGCGCUGAAGCCCCCGGUGGCUAUGGCUAUGGCGGCGGUUACGGACCUCCCGCCAUGAUGCCGCCUCCCCCACACGGAGCACAUCACGGCCCCAUGGGUCUUCACGGCAGUCGCAUGGGCGGCGGCGGCGGCGGUGGUGGAGGUGGCGGCGGCGGAGGCGGCGGCGUAGUUCCUUUCCGGGCAGGCGACUGGAAAUGCGGCAACGAGGUUUGCGGUUAUCACAACUUUGCGAAAAAUGUGUGCUGUCUUCGUUGCGGAGCUAGCCGGGCUGGUGCUGCCGUUGUGGCCGAUUCUGGGUACCCCUCGCCAAUGGACAACCUCGCUCAGUACAGCAUGAGCCAAGGGUCAAUGGCCGGUACACCGGGCCCCCCUGGCCCGGGACCUUUCAAUUCCGGCAAUUCCUUCGGAUCCGGCGCAGGCUACAACCAGCACUACGGCGGUCCUCCAAGCCACUUCCUCCCCUCCGGCAUCGGCGGCGGAGUUGGUCCUUACCCCGGGUCCAUGAACAACCACGGCUAUGCCACGAGCCACGGUGCUCAUUCUGUUGGUCCUUUUGACAGCAGAGCUGCCGAGGCUGCGUUUCAGUCUGCUUCCAACGGCCCUGUGUCAGCUGGACCCGCUCCGUCCAACAAUUACUACGGAAACGCCCAUGCCAAUAAUGGCGAGAAUGAUCCAUUUGCAUUCCUGUCCACCGGGAUGGGCGGACUAGCUGUCAGCGGCAACGACCCUCGCCAGAAUGGAGGCGGAGGCCCUCCGAGCAAGUCGCCUGCAUAA